CAAAAAGAACAAUUUAACGACCGCCCAUUAUUGUUCAAGCAAAGACCGCCCAUUAUUGUUCAAGCAAAGAUCCUUCUACAGGAAUUGUGGCAAGAUGGGGUCGAAUGGGAUGAAGAUGUGAAACCUCAGACUCUUUCAAGGUGGAACAUUUUCUUAGAAGAUUUUAUACACAUAAGAUCCAUUCAAAUCCCCAGAUGGAUCCAUUUCCAUCCAGAUAGCAAAAUCCAGAUCCAUGGUUUCUGUGAUGCAUCUGAACAGGCCUAUUGUGCAACAAUAUACAUUCGAGUGGAAGAUUUGUCUGGCAGACAUUCUAAUCUGCUAGUAGCGAAAAGCAAAGUUGCGCCGUUGCAACGUGUAAGUCUUCCUCGGUUAGAGUUAUGUGGGGCAUUACUGCUCUCGAAACUAAUUAAACAAACUCUAACUAACAAUUCAUUUAAAAGUGCUCAACUUUUCCUGUGGUCAGAUUCCACUAUAGUAUUAGCAUGGUUACAAAAGCAUCCAUCAGUUUGGAAAACAUAUGUUGGCAAUAGAACAUCUCAAAUUAUUGAAAAUGUUGGUAAUGCUAAGUGGAACCACGUUUUAACCCAUGAAAAUCCAGCAGAUCUUGGAACACGAGGUUGUAAACCACAAGAUCUUAAAGAAAAUCCUUUAUGGUGGUAUGGACCAAUGUGGCUACUUGACUCCCAAGACAAUUGGCCUAAAUCUAACCCACCUGCCAUAGCUCUUAUGGAACAAAGGAAAGUUGAAGUUCACUGUUCCGUUACAGAUGAACUCAAUAUAAUACAAAGAUUUUCUUCAUAUCGGCGAGCCCUCGCCGUAAUAGCAUAUAUUUAUAGGUUCAUACGUUCUACUAAUAAAAGAUUACAGAAAACUAAGUUUGAAAGUUUAACGCUCUCUCACGAAGAGCUUAAUAACGCAAAAAUUGUAUAUAUUAGACUAACGCAGAAGUUUCAUUAUUCUGAAGAUUUAAAGAAUCUUUCGGAUUCUAAGCAUAUUUCAAGGAAAAGCUCUCUGCUUACUCUAAAUCCAUUUCUCGACGCUCAAGGUCUUAUGCGGGUUAAUGGUAGAUUAGCUAAUGCCCCGCUUACGUACGAUGAGCGAUUUCCCAUAAUUAUCCUAACUCUUCUCAAUUUUGCAAAAUUUUUCUGGAGUUUGUCCACAAAACUCUAG